ACUGUAUACAUGUGGGUUAAACUGUAUGUGUGAGCAUGUAUGCGGCCCAGAAUGCAUCCUGUCAACAUCAGAGCUCCAAACUGUUGCAGUGGAUGAAAAAUCUGUUGCAUCCGUCUGUUUAAAGAGUUAGAAGUGAAAAAAAUGGUGUCGGUUAUAUAGCCUGCAGGGUGAGGCAACACAAGACAUACCAGCCAAAGCUGAGUGGGUGGCAGAGUCCACAGGGUGCUGCUGGUGGUGGUGGUGGGGGGCUUUCACUGUGCAAGCCUGACGUGCCUGUAUGAUGCUGUGUUCAGCCGCGGAGCUCUGUGGUUGGCAGAUAGAGAUCAGAUGACCCAGUCCGGGCUAAAUCGGUCCUCCAAGCAGACAAGAGUAAAACAACCUCUGUCACUGCCUCCUGGAACGCCUGAAACAUGGCACACAUCCAGAGGGUGCAGAAGAAGACCAGCACCAUGUCUCUGACCAUCUCCUCCUCCUCCGCUGCAUCUUCCUCUCGAGAGUUUUCCUCCUGCUCCUCCAGCUCCUCCUCUUCCUCCAGCCUCCUCACACAGAGACACUCCAGCCUGGUGCAGCCGCUGUGUGUCAGCCCUCAGAGGACUCAGAGUCCCAUCUACAAUCAACAAUAUUCAGGGAAUGGAGUGGCCCCCACAUUUGUGAAGUGUCUCCAUGAUGUGUCGACAGUGAAGGGCCAGUUGGUGGUCCUGGAGUGCCGGCUGAGAGGGACUCCGCCCCUGCAGGUCAUGUGGUACAGAGAGGAUGAAAAAAUACUGGACUCAGAUGACUUUAGGAUACUACGCAAGAAGGCCAGUUCUGCAUCAGUGCCAGAGGAGCUGUGUACACUGGUGAUCACUGAGGCAUUUCCAGAAGACUCAGGCCUGUUUAAAUGUGUGGCCCACAACUCCUUCGGCACGGUCUCCUGCUCAGCCAUACUGGAAGUUUACAAUGACCUGGAGGAGCAGCUGGAGAUCGAGGCCAUUCGCCAGCAGGAAACAGUUUCUCUCAAACAGGAAAGAGAGGCAGUGUUCCAAAAGGAGAUUUCCUCUGCCAUUCAGAGCAGCGAGGACUUUCCCCCUCUGCUACCUGACUCUAUGAACCUCCCCCCUCCUGAGUGGCCUGACAGCCCUCUAGAAGAUAACAUCCCUGUGGCAGAUUUUCCAGAGCCUCAGCCGGCCAGCCACUCCUCUGAGGGACCCUUCGGUCGCAGUGAAGAGGAGAGUGCCUUGAGCUCAGAGGGCCGAAGGUCACCAGAGGUCGUGGUCCGAGCCUGUACACCCAGCCCUCCCCCUCCACCCUCACCGCCACCGCCAGCACAGGUCAAAGAGAAAGCUCCAACACCCAAACUUUUCAUCCCGAGCAAGCUCAGUUUCACUUCCUCUCAGUCAGGAGCCAACAACAUGAACCUCUCAGACCUGCCUACCUUCACACCCAGUGCCUUCCCUCCCAGCGCCUUCAACUAUGAGCGACCAAGGCAUUUUAUCCAGUCGCAGCCGGCCUUCCAGGCACCCAGCUAUGAAAGUGUGCUCAGGGAGGCUCAGGAGAACAAGAAUAACUCCCAGCAGCACCACAACAGUUCCCAGAAUAGUCCCAGUGUUGCAGAGACACAGAGUCAAACUAAAAUCAUCUCCACACAGAGUCAGUCAUUUUCUCAGUCUCAGUCAGUGUCAAAGUCCCUGUCGCAGACCCAGUCACAGUUUCAGUCUCUAAGCCUCAACCAGAACCAGGCCCAGUCUUCAGCCCAGACACAGAUUCAGACCCAGGCCAAUGGAACGGUCAAGUCCUCCCCCUCCUCCUCCAGCCUCAGCUCUCCCAUUUCUACCCCGGCCUCCUCUGCUGUGCCUCCUCUUUCUUCCACUGCCCCCUUGCUCAAUCCCACUGCCACUGCCACCCUCUCCUCCUCUCUCCCCCGCACCACCAUGCGCUCCACCAUCACCCUGACCCCCAGUGUCCCCAGUGCCACUGGCCUUGGCAGUGCCACCCUGCCAGCCAACCAGGACGCCAUGUCGGCACCCGCUGCUUACCUCUGCUCUGUGCUGCCCUCCCAGUCCUCUGCUUUCUCCCCGUCCAAACUUUCUCCCAACUCCAACCUCCCACACCCCUCCAUCUCCCCCUCCUGCUCCCCACUUUCCCCCUCCAGCCCUCUACUCCCCAUGCGGGCCUCCUCCUCCCCUUCCUCCCCCCCUCAGCAGCCUCUCCCAGUGUCCCCGUCCCUCCCUCGCUCUCCUAUCUCUCCCUCCACCUCCUCCUCUCUCCAACAGCCCAGCACUCCCAACAAUCAGAACAGAGUACCGCCUGCUGUGGUCUCCCUGCCUGCCAGCUACAAAGGGACACCUAACACCCUUCCCAAGCCCAUCCUGAAGAAGUCUAUCGCUCCUCGGCCUUCUUCUUCUCGUUCCACAGAUGAAGACAUCCAGGGCUCCAAAGACGCCCUCAUCCAAGAUCUGGAGAAGAAGCUGCGCUCAAAGGAGGCCAGGAGGAGAAAUAGUCAGAAACUGUCCUAUGAGGAGCGUAUGGCUCGUAGGCUGCUGGGUCCAGACAACGCCACCUACAUGUUUGACCAAGACAAUCUUUCAGACUCACAACUCGACCAGCCAGAAUCACCAGAGGGAAGACACACAGGUGGACUAUGGGGGAGGCACCACUCAGGGACAGAUGGGAAGGGAAAUGAGGGAUCAGCUAUCCAGGAGAAAUGUUAUGCUCCUCGCUUCCUGCAGAUCCCUCCAGACCUCACUGUAGAGGAGGGGCGCUUCUGUAGGAUUGACUUCAAGGUUGGAGGCCUCCCAACUCCAGACGUCUGCUGGUACCUGGACGGCAAAGCCAUUCGUCCAGAUGACUACCAUAAGAUGUUGGUGUGUGAGAAGGGAAUGCACUCAUUCAUCAUAGAGAUUGUCACAGUGCAUCAUGCUGGUGUGUACGAGUGUGUGGCCAGGAACCGAGCCGGGGAGAGCAGAUUUACCAUGAGGCUCGAUGUCAUAGCUCAGGAGGUUCUCCGUCCUCCAACCUUCGUCCAGAAGAUGUUGAACUCCAGAGCUCUAGAGGGCGACACUGUUAGGUUAGAGUGUAAAGUGGACGCUUCACCUCCUCCACAGCUUUUCUGGAAGAAAGAUAAAGACAUGCUGCGCAUUGACCCCAACAGAAUGAGCCCGCACGGCCCCGGCCAUGAAAACAGCACCCCCUGCCUCAAAGACGCUGAAGCUGCUGUCGUCUCUGAGCCACGUGCCCGCUCUGACCGUGGAGAGCCCCGCCCAGCACACCGCCCCGCUGUACGAGAGCGAAGAGCUGUAGACUGUGCUGUCACAUCCUCCAUUCACCAUCAUCAUCUCAGAACUGUAACACUGGACCAGAGUCUGUAUUAUAACUGUAAUGUCCGGUCUAAACAUGCUUUGGUUCAGGAUGUUACAUUAUUAGCAUCGCAGCAGAUGAGUAGCUACAUAUCUCAGAGUACCUCAGAGGCCAAUCUAGAUCAGGUUGAAUAAAUAUAAUUAUAGAGCAACACUUUGGUUGACAUACAAGGCAGAUAAGCUUAAUAUCCGUGAACGUCUGUAAAAAUACAGUGACUCUGAUUCAGUAUUAGAGGAUUUUUCUCUGUCGUUAAGAAGCUCAUAACAAUUUUCUGAAUUGGCCUUGUUCAAGAUUGUUUUAACACCCUAACCUUCAAUAACACUUGGUAGCUACUUUAAGAGAAAAGUUCAGGGUGGUCAAGAGCCUUCUGAGUUACAGUAAUCACUCCUCAUAUCGUCCAUCUGCUGCUGUUUGUUACCACUGUGCCCACCUUCCUUUCUCUGUCUGUGUCUGUUGUUAUGGCUCAUGUUUGAUACAUGCCCGUAAGCCUCUCUGCUCUGCCCGCCUGUCUCUGUCGCUUCAUCUGUCUGUCCCAUCUGCUCUCAACAAAGCGGUCUAGGUCAUGGACAUAUUAAUAGACCUGGGUACGAUGUGGCGGAGUCGUCCACGCUGCCAGUUUGAUUCCAGUGGCCAACCACAAUACUGCAACACACAAUCCUCUGUGCUCCACAAACUAUUUUGCCAAUGGAGAACAGAUGACAAGGCAGCUCAAACAGCACACACUCAGUGCUGCUUGUAUUGGAGUCUCAUAGCUGGGUAAGCACCCUUCAUUUGAAUAAUUGUGCUUUAUCUUGAAACACAGCGUCUAGCUCCCUUCUAUGGUCUAGGUUAGAAAACAGGAAGCAGCCAAUAUUAACUACAGUACCCACAAUCACUACAACACUGCCAACAUCUGUCACUGCACUUUAAUCAUGACAACUGUCUCAUCCAGCACCUGCCCUCCUUUCCUUUAGCUUGAAGUUGAAAGAAGAUGUGUUUAAGUUUGAGCUUCAGAAUUGAAAUGUUUGUCUCUGGAUUUCAGCUGCUGCCUCUGACGGUGUCUGUGUCUCCACUAACUGGAAUAGGGAAUCAGAUUUUUAACUUUUCACUCUGACCUGAUGUUUUCCCUGUUGUUUGUAGAGAGAUCAGAUGUUGGCCACUGCUCAGAUUCUCUGCUGUGUUAUCAAUUCAUGUGUUUUUAAAGUUGGUUUCUGAUAUACAGUGUAUGUGAAUGAAGCUAUUUAUUUGAACUGGGGUUAUUAGUUAUCAGUGCUGGGACUUUAAGUUGCCCCUCUCUUGGCCUGCAAAAGGCUGUGAACAGAGGUGUAUCAUAUCAGUGAGUUGGACAAAGAGCGACAGGCUGCCAUUCUGAUCCCCGGCCUCGGCCAACUGACCACAAAACCAGAUCUGCACUCAAAGAAAGUUCAAAUCUAACUUAUUAAGAAAAGUUUACAUUUUAACACAUCUGCAGUGCAGAUAAAACUUGUUUUACACUUUACCCAACAGGGGAAAACCCGUUUUCAUGCAUGUUUGCAUCAUUAAUGUUCAGUUGAUAAAUGGGUGUCAGUGUGUCAGCCUGUGUCCAGAUUUGCCAAACUCUCCAUUUCUGACCAGAGCCUUGUAUAAAGAGAUCUUUCAAGAAGAGGCUUGAUUUGCCUGCUUACCUUGGUACUGCUUGUUGUUAUUGUCAGCCAGGAGGUACUUUAACAAAAACCUUGUACUCUUGGCUGGAUCUGCAUGCAAACUGAAAACCUGGUAUUUAACCAUGUGUGGCCACAGCUGAGUGGCAAGAAAUAAAAACCUGAGGUCUGGGUCACAAGAGGUGAAAACUGCUUUUUCUGCCUCUGUUAUAAUAUAAACUCAGACUGGUGCAGUAACAUUUGAAGUAUCUUUUACUCAGAUUUGAUGCUUUUAUUUACAGUGUUCAUGUCGGUUGUCAUGUUUGGAUCAAACAGGGUUAAACAUUGAAUUUGCUUAAAGCACCAGAAUAGUGUUGGUAAGUGAAGCCGUUUCUGUUGAGAUUUGAAACAGCAGGUAGUAGUGUGUAUUCUCCUCAAGUACUGUUUGUUGUGUAAGAAGUUCUGCAUAUCACCGGAUGAAUGAGGAAUAAAGUCUAUGUGACCUUG